GAGGAGGAGGAGGAGGAGGGGGAUCCAUCAUGUCUUAUCAGGGCAAGAAGAGCAUUCCUCACAUCACGAGCGACCGACUACUUAUCAAAGGUGGAAGAAUUAUCAACGAUGACCAGUCCUUCUAUGCAGACAUCUACCUGGAAGAUGGACUCAUAAAACAAAUAGGCGAGAAUCUAAUCGUUCCGGGCGGAGUGAAGACAAUCGAAGCCAACGGCCGGAUGGUCAUGCCGGGGGGAAUCGACGUCAACACCUACCUCCAGAAGCCCUCCCACGGCGUGACCACCAUCGAUGAUUUCUACCAAGGCACUAAAGCGGCCCUGGCGGGAGGCACAACCAUGAUCAUCGAUCACGUCUUCCCGGAACCCGGCUCCAGCCCGCUGGCCUGCUUUGAGAAGUGGCAGGAGGCGGCCGACAACAAGUCCUGCUGCGAUUACUCCCUCCACGUGGACAUCACCCAGUGGGACAACGGGAUCCGCGAGGAGCUGGACGUGUUGGUGCAGGACAAAGGUGUUAAUUCUUUCCAGGUCUACAUGGCGUAUAAGGAUCUUUACCAAAUGUCUGACAGCCAGCUGUAUGAAGCCUUCACAUAUCUAAAGGGUCUGGGAGCAGUUAUCCUGGUCCAUGCUGAAAAUGGAGAUUUAAUAGCUCAGGAACAGAAGCGGAUCUUGGAGAUGGGCAUCACAGGCCCCGAGGGCCACGCUCUGAGCAGACCAGAAGAGCUGGAAGCAGAGGCAGUUUUCCGCGCCAUAACCAUCGCCGGCCGGAUCAACUGCCCCGUCUACAUCACCAAGGUGAUGAGCAAGAGUGCCGCCGACAUCAUCGCCCAGGCGCGGAAGAAAGGCCCCGUGGUUUUGGGGGAACCCAUCACCGCCAGCCUGGGAACAGAUGGGACGCAUUACUGGAGCAAAAACUGGGCUAAAGCAGCUGCAUUCGUCACCUCUCCCCCUCUGAGCCCAGACCCUACCACACCGGACCACCUCAACUCUCUCUUAGCCUGCGGAGACCUGCAGGUGACGGGGAGUGGACACUGUCCAUACAGCACCGCCCAGAAGGCCGUCGGGAAGGACAAUUUCACCAUGAUUCCGGAAGGAGUCAAUGGGAUUGAGGAGAGGAUGACUGUGGUCUGGGACAAGGCUGUGGCCACCGGCAAGAUGGACGAGAACCAGUUCGUGGCCGUCACCAGCACCAACGCCGCCAAAAUCUUCAACCUUUACCCGAGGAAGGGGCGCAUCGCCGUGGGCUCCGAUGCCGACGUUGUUAUCUGGGGUCCCGACAGGGUCAAGACCAUCACUGCCAAAAAUCACAAAUCCGCUGCAGAAUACAACAUCUUUGAAGGGCUGGAAUGCCACGGGUCCCCCUUGGUGGUCAUCAGCCAGGGGAAGAUCGUGUUCGAGGACGGAAAUCUCCACGUGAACAAGGGCAUGGGCCGCUUCAUUCCUCGCAAGCCUUUCCCGGAGUACCUCUAUCAGCGGGUCAAAAUCCGAAAUCAGGUAGCUGGAUUUCAAGGGGUUUCCAGAGGGAUGUACGACGGGCCCGUGUUUGAAAUUCCGGCCGCGCCAAAAUAUGCGACGCCUGCGCCUUCCGCAAAAUCCUCCCCUUCCAAACACCAGCCUCCGCCCAUCCGAAAUCUUCAUCAGUCUAAUUUCAGUUUAUCGGGCGCCCAGAUAGACGACAACAAUCCCCGCCGCACGGGACAUCGCAUCGUGGCUCCGCCGGGCGGCCGCUCCAACAUCACCAGCCUGGGAUGAGCCGGGGUGACCGAGCCAGACCCGCUAGGACGAAGGAUGGCGAGGAGGGGAUCCGUCCCUUCCCCUUCCGUGUUAUCGAUCCCACGGUCUUGUCCGGUACUAAGGAACAACAACAACAAAAAAAAAAAACACCCCAAUCCUGAAUGGUCCUUUGUUUUCAUCUAGGAAGAAGUGAUGCUCGUGUGGUAAAUUUGCUUGGAAUGACCCCCUCCGACCCUCACCGCCACCAUUCUGUGUCCUUCCACCGAUGUCACCUUAAAACGAGGGCCUCGACAUUGCCCUUCGUGACUACCGGCUUCACCUCUGUCUCGUAAAAGAAUCGUGGUUCCUUCACCCCGCCCGCCCCCGCACCCGUAGCUUGGACUAGGAUAGUGAAUUGCAUGUGACUAAAUUAUUUAUGCCAGUCUGUGAGUGAGUCUGUUAGAACACGUUGCCAAGAUUAACGAUGCCCCCCUCCCCAUCUGCCCCGUAAAAUAAGAAUAGCACCGAUAACGGUAUUUAAGUGCCGACUGCGUGUGAAGCACUGUGCUAGACUCAAGAUCAUCAGAGCUGAAGACAGAUUAAAAAAAGGGGAAGGCGGGCCUUCGGAAAAAAGCCUGUGGUAGGAUUGUUAACUGGUCCAAAAGCAAAGAAGGCCCUUCUUUUCCAAGAUGCCCAGCACCCUUCCCUCUCCUGGGUCGAAAGACACAGUCGCAGCUGUACAUACCUCACUGUGAAGUCUUCCCCGCUCUGUUCUUCUCCCAACAUCUUUGGAUUUGGGGCCCAGCCAGGAAUUCGUACCCCUGGUUCCGGGCUUCCUAGCCCGACACGAGUCCCCUCGCCAGCUGUGAGAUUUUGGAGUACUUACCAGACGAUCAAAGUCACAGUCCGAUUUUUACAGUUUUUCUACCAAGUUUUCCUUCGUAAUCACCCGUAUUUUUACUCCCGGUUCCGCCUCCGACCGACUCAUCUUGGCUCGGUUUCUGAAUUCAAAGCUUGGGAAAUAAACACAAUGAAACGAUCGGUAACCC